GCAUGCGCAGUGCUCGCUGGUCCUGUUCCACUUCCUGUGAAGAUGGCGCUGACCGCAGCAGCAGGUCUGUGGAGGACAUGCUGCAGGUUGAUCCCCAGACAGACCCUCCUGGUCCCCUCUGCUGCCCGGGCACAGAGCACCCUGAGCGGGGACCUGCUGCCCCGGACCUCCUUGUCUAGUCCUCCAUGGCAGGAUCAGGUCCUGGUCCCGGAGCAGGAGGAGCAAGGCCGACACACCGCGGUGGUGAGCACCGUGAACCGGAUCAUCCACGAUCAGGACUUCGGCCGGCUGUUCGCUGUCGUUCACUUCGCCAGCCGUCAGUGGAAGGUGACCCACGAAGACCUGAUCCUCAUCGAGAACCACAUCGAGGCGGGGUGCGGGGAGCGGAUCCGGAUGGAGAAGGUGCUGCUGGUCGGCGCGGAGGACUUCACCCUGAUCGGGAGACCUCUGCUGGGGAAGGAUCUGGUCCGAGUCGAGGCCACUGUGAUCGAAAAGACUGAGUCCUGGCCCAAAACCCACAUGACUUUCUGGAAGAGGCACCGGUUCCAGAGGAAGAGGAUCAUCGUCCAACCACAGACUGUGCUGAGGAUCAACAGCAUCGAGCUGAACCCCAGACUCACAUGAGACCUGUGAUGGAUCACUCAGACUCACAUGAGACCUGAUACCUUGAGGACUGUGAUGGAUCACUCAGACUCACAUGAGACCUGAUACCUUGAGGACUGUGAUGGAUCAGACUGGUUCAUGUGUUCAUAUUGUUCAUGUUUCAGGGUGUUUUAAAGCUCCAAACUGACUGAGGUCCAUGGACUGAGUUCACUUCAGUAAAUAAAGCUUCAUCUUUUUCAGAGGACGGA